AUGGCUCAAGACAUUGAAGACAAGAAGCACUUGUUUCUCAACCACUCAUUUCCAUUGCCAUUUCCCAAUAUGUCAAGUGCACUGGCCAAACUGCAAAUGAAGAGGUACCCUACAGUUGAAGACAUUCCAUUGGGGAAUCAGAGGUCACUGUCAAACAAUCCCAAGAAGAAUGAAGAGUGGUAG